AUCCCGGGCGGCGAAGGCCUGAGGCCUAGCCGGUUGCCUUGGUUACCGCCCCCCUAAGGGAAGUGAGGCGCCUGCGUCGACUAGGCCUCGCCGCCUUCCAUUUCUCUUUCUCUCUCUCUCGGCUCCCGCUUCGCUUCUGUUCGCGGCGGCGGCUCUUUUUCGCUGCCGCGAUGGGUGAGCAGGACCCGGACUUUGUACUCCGGUACUUGGCCGAGGUGGAGGCGCUGGCUGAGGAAGUCAUGGCCGGGAGGCAGCAGAUUGUGGAUCUGGAUCAGAAACGGAAUCAGAACCGCGAAGCGCUGAGGGCUCUGAAUAAGGAAACAGACGCUUCAGAUAAAGUCAUGGUUUGCUUUGGGAAUAUGUUUGUGCAGCUUCCAAAAACAAAGACCCAGGACAUGUUGCAGAGAGAUCGAGAUCUCCUAGAUGAGGAGAUAGCCAAAUUGCGGAAAGAGCUAAAAGUCAAGGUUAAUCGUCUCCUAGAAGCUCAAGGUAAGCCGGAGCUGAAAGGCUACAACCUGAAACCCUUGAACGCUGAAGAGAUGUGGUUCAUGAGAAAGGUGGUGGAUGGCUGAAGCAGUCUUUUGAAGUGAGCUUAGCAGCGGCCUCUUGCACAGAAAACGUGGGAGAGGGUUGUUACCUGAGCAAACAUCAAGUUCACUUGCAGACACGUGCUCCUGAAGGAGAGUGUUUCCUGAGCUGUUGAGCACCUGAUGACUGGCAUCUUCUGUGGAAGAGGCUCAGGCAGCUGGAAAGGUUACUGCAAAUUUGGACGGAGAAACACGCUCAAGCUUUUUCUGCAUGUUUGACAACCUGUCUGGAGUGCAAGUAUUAAAACCCGAGGAGCAGGGCAGCUGAAAUGGGUGAUGGUUUUGUCAAUGUAAGAUUGGCUGUUGAAUUCAGACCGCUGGAAAUGAAGUGGUAGGAACAGAAUUGUAAUUUCCACUCUUCCAGGACACGCAGCUAAAAUGUGUGUGGCUUUGUGAUAAUAAAUAGUACACUCCAAUCCAAAA